ACAUGGCGGAUGAUGGGAGCGAAUCGCCGGAAUCGACCUCACAGGGAAAAUGGAGCUGGGAUAUCCAAAAAAUUCCAUGUGCCAGAGAAUCUCUGUUAUUUGGUAUUUCGUCUGGAUUGGUAAUAGGAUCUGCAGUUUUUAUUAAAACAAAAAUAGUACGUAAAGCCUGCGACUAUGCGGUUGGGACAUUCGCUGUUUUGUCUUUUACUUCAUGGGAAAUAUGUUCGUACCAGCGUUAUAGAAAGAGACAGAAAGUGAGGGAAGCUGUAGGAAUGUUGAAUGAAUAUGAACAAAAACGAAAGCAAGGUAUGGUUGAAGGUGAACCAACCGAGGCGUAAUGUUAUGAAAUAUAUUGGCUGGGGAUUAUGUUCUUGAUGUGACAUCAAACAGCGAUAAUUAACUGCUUUGCAUAACCUGGCAGUGGAGUAUGUAGAGUUGUUAAUGGUUAAAUGAAACAGCUGAGACGAAAACUGCAAUCUAAAAGCAAGACAUGUUGAAAACUGAGACAUAGUUUAUCCAAGAAUUCAACUUUGACGACAUCAUGUUGUAUUAGUAAAUAUGGAGAAUAAAUUCACCUUGUGAUGCAUAUAUUAUUAUUGUAUAGUUUCCUGGAAUACAAU